ACUGUCUCUUAGCUACUUUUAGGACUAAAAAAAUGAUUUAGAGAGAGAAAUCUGAUCUACACAAAGACUUCAACUACAAGUUCUACAACUUGAGAUUGAGUGACAGAGAGAGAAAGUUAAUGUGAGUGACUCUAGGAACAAAAUGAGGAGAGUGGAGCGAGAAUUUUGGCCGAAAAAUAUACAAGCAAACUAAAUCUCAGAUAAAUCCGAGAAAUCUUUCACACUUCUCUCUCUCUCUCUCUCUCUCUCUCUCUCUGAGUUCAGAUGCACUUUUCUGCUCAAUUGGUGCCUGGUCUUAUGGAUGUUUAGAUGACACAAAAAUGGCUCAAGAGCAAGAAGAUCAAUCCAGAAACAAUUGCAUCAAUGGUGGUAGAUCUACUAAAAGGCCAAAGCAAAAGAAGGUUCCACAAAGAGGUCUUGGUGUAGCACAGCUUGAAAAGAUACUAGAAGAACAACACAUGAAAGAUGGUGUUGUGAUUUCACCUUCCAAAAAUUCAUCAACAUCUUCAUCCUCACCAACAACUAUAUCAUCUUAUUUGCCUCUUCCAAUCAACAAUUUUAACCAUUCCAAUGUAAAAGAUGGUGCUUUCAUUUUACCUUCACAAAAUUCUACUUCAUCAACAUCAUCAUCAUUAUCAUCAACAUCAUCCACAACCAUAUCAAACUAUUUGCCUUUACCAAUUACCAAUUACAAUCUCAUGAACCAAAAUUCUUCUCCUAGUCCUUUACCUAUGCCACAACUGGAUUUUAGAUCUCCAAUGUCCCUGCAACAUUUGGAUGGUAAAGCUUCUGGUACUGUUCCAUUGAACAACAGUGGUGUGUUUGGGAAUGUGCCUAAGUUUUGGAGCUCUCGUGAAUUGGAUUAUGAGAAGGAGAGUUUUGGUAUGGAACAUGGAUUGCCCUUUGUUUCUAGUUUGCCUUUUGAUUCUAAUCCAAUUUGGCCUCUGCCUAAUUGGGUUCAGAGAUCACAGUUUCAUCAUCAACCUUCUUCACAAGUGGUGAAUAACUCCUCAGGAACUUCAUCCACUCAUCUGCCUCAGUUGUCAAUUGAGCCCCCUUCAAACCAAAAUAGUACUAGCAACGGUCCGCCGAUCAGGUCGGCGGAGAAGAUGAUGAUUGGCAUGAAAAGGCCAUACCCAUUCUCCCUGGAUUUUCCGCAAACACCUCUAAAUUAUAAAUUGCCCUCCAUUGGUCAAUCAAGUACAAAUGGAAGAACUUCAUGUGAGAGUGAAAAUGGAUAUCAUCUCGACGCUGCCAUUUCAAAUUCCAGAGAAUCUCAAUCUUGUUCAGCUUCCAACUCUGAUCCAAAGUCGAAGAAAAAAGAUAAAGGGAUUAAGGAAUUUGAUGGAAGUUUUCUCACUUUGGCUCCUCCAACUCCUCCUACUUUAUAUGCAGUUUCACCGUCAAAACCACUAGAAUCGAACAGCCAAGAAUCCCCUGAGAAAAAUAUCGAAGAUCAGUUCUCUAUUCCCGCAGGGUACAGACUAGUCAAACAACAGAACUUCAUUCCAGGACAAAAUGGACAAACAACAUCCAGAAAUCAAAAUGGUCAUGAAGUGGAAGAAAUUAUUGAUCUUAAUUUGAAGCUAUAGAAACAUAUCCAUUAUGUUCAUCAUUAUGAAACUUGAAUAUUCAUCUUUGGAUUUUAUUUAUUUAUAAUUGAUACAUAUUCCUAAA